UUGAAUGAACUAUUUUCAACAUGGGCACCCUCUUCUAUCCCCACAACGACUAUCCCACUCACCACUAUCAACCCAUCCCAUUACUCGAGCAUCGUUAGCCAUGUGGCCCUGAUCACUUCAGCUGCUGCCACCGAAACUAACUCGGUCUCUCUAUACUUCCUAGCGCAAGACAUGAGAAGCGCCAUGGCUGCCCUCACCAUUAUAAGUGGCCAAAAAUACUUGGCCACAGCCACAGAAACCCAGCAGUUACCCAUGGUGACUUCUCAACUAGUCAAUGCAACUUUGAACUUGCUUGACAUAGAUAACGAAAAUAAUUUGUAUGGUAUGAAUCCAAAUAGGAUCGCCAACAUUUUAUUCACCGUGUUGUUUGGCAUUAUCUUCUUAGCACAUACGGGUAUUGGUAUUUUUACUAAGCAGACUUACUUCACCGCUUGUUUCUUUUGUGGAACCUCUCUAGAGUUUGCAGGCUACUUGAGUCGGAUUUUGGCCCACAACCACGAAACUGAUGAGAAUCUCUUCUUGUGCCAAAUAGUUACGUUGACAAUGGCUCCAGCAUUCAUCAUGGCCGGAAUAUACUUUCUAUUGGCACAGGUGAUAGUCAUUUAUGGGCGGAACUGUUCUAUCCUACCCCCUCUUUGGUUUUCUUACGUAUUUGUCUUCUGCGAUGCUAUGAGCUUGUUAGUGCAAGCAAUAGGCGGAGGAAUGGCAUCCGUGGCAUUACAUCGCAGGGCAGCACUCGGCCCAGGAACACACGUAAUGUUAGGAGGUAUAUGCUUUCAGGUCUUAUCUAUGUCUUUGUUCUUGAUACUUCUCUUUGAUUUUUAUAUUCGAUCUUAUUUCAAGGUCAACAGAACUGUCAGAUUUGGGUGCAAAAAUUUUUUCAGCCUUUUAUUACACAACAAAGAUGGUCAAAUAUUGAGAAGUCAACUAGAACCUCAUUACAACCCAAAAUAUAGCACAAUCCGAACUAGACAUUUGUUCAAUCAUAUACCCUUGGUCCUCCUCGUGGCGACCAUUUUUGUCUACAUUAGAUGUGCUUACAGGGUCGCAGAAUUGAGUGAGGGCUGGAAUGGUUACUUGAUUCGAAGAGAAGCAUUUCCCAUGACCUUGGAUGCACUGCUAAUUUGCCUCACAUCUGCUUUAUUUCUUGUCUUCCACCCGGGUUUCAUGUUUGGAAAAGAUAUUGAAAUCUCGGUG